UCAGAAGCUCCCACAAGACCUCUCACACAUCCUCACCAGGACAGAAGUGCAGGCUGUAGGCCUUGGCUGUCCCAUGUGGUUCCACAAAUAUCCACUUAUCCAGUUGCCUGAAGGCAGUGUCCUGCCUUGAGAUAGUAGUGACAGGGUACAAAAGUAUCCUCCUGGAGGCAGGGUCUGCGAGAACACAAACCUAGUGACCUGCUGACGACAUUCUUGACGUAUGAAUUUGGCUUAAAAGUAGUCUCAAAGGUAUGUGGAAAGGAAGCUAUCUUGUCAGGGCCAUGCUGGGAGGUAGAGCUUUUCCCUGCCAGGCAUGUCUGGGAGCAACUGAGGCAAUUAAUUCUAAGGCUUCCCAGAUUUUUGCCCAAUACUAUAGGAUCAUGUACAUACCAAAAGUGAAUACCGACAAAAGCCAAUGUCCAAGUCACUUGUGUUUCUCACCUUUGCGCACAGGUCAAGUCCUGUAGCAGGCCUGGCCAGCAUUAGCUGCAUGAGUUAAGGGUGAGCAAGGAGCAGGGUUGAACCUAGGCCUAAGUUACUCUCGGCCUUGAGUGCUUACUGGAUGUGUCAUCUCAUAUCCAGACAGUCCCCAGAAUGAGAAGGUAGAAUGGAGUGGGUGUCUAAAUGAACUACUGAACACAUGGGGUGCUCAGGAGGCCACAUGUGGAAGGAACCAAGGCCAGCCAGAGGUAUUGCCUGAGAUAUUGCCCUAGCCCUGACAUGGACAUCCUGUUUGUUUUUGAGGCACCUAUUGACAUCCUCCAGACCUGAUGGUCUUGCAGCUUUUUCUUUCUUUUGCAACAGGGUCGUUCUGUGUAGGCCUUGCUGUCCUAGAACUCAUUAUGUAGACCAGGCUGGCCUUGAACUCAAGAGAUCUACUUGCCUGUUCCUGGAGAGUUGAGAUUAAAGGCGUGUGCCACCAAGCCUGGUUCUAUCUUCUUGCAAGAACUCACCCUUUGGUUCUUUUGCCCUGGCUCCCUCUUUUGGCUAGAGUUUCUGUAUAGUUUUUGAUUCACCCAGUUACUGGGCAUUUAAGUGAAUGCUGAACCUGGAGCUUCAGGACAGGGCUUGAAGUCUCCAUUUAAAACUUUGGAGAAGCUAUAUGCCUUUGCCCCAUCUCGGUGACCACUGGUUUCCCCUGCCUGCCGAGUCUGGUCUGCCCCCUCCCACCUUGGUCAGCACUGCAGUAUGAGGCAAUCAUUCCAUCCUUGACCCUCUGCACAGUGACUGAUGGCUUUUUUAUCUCAAGUGAUGAUGCACAGCCUUCCGCUGGAAGCAUUUAAGGCAGAGCACUUGCUUUGAGCCAGCUGCAGGGCUCAGGACCUUGAAAGGCUCUGGAAGAACAAAUCCUUGGGAGCAGCAGCAGCAGCAACUGCAGCACUACCACAGAAAGCAUGUUACUAGCUACGUUCAAGCUGUGUGCUGGGAGCUCCUACAGACAUAUGCGGAACAUGAAAGGACUGAGGCAUCAAGCUGUGCUAGCCAUUGGCCAAGAGCUGAAUCGGAGAGCCCUAGGGGACCCCAGUCCUGGGUGGAUGGGUCAGGUCCGGCGUCGGAGCUCUCUACUUGGUUCUCAACUGGAAGCAACACUCUACAGUGACCAGGAGCUGUCCUACAUUCAGCAAGGAGAGGAGGCUAUGCAAAAGGCCUUGGGCAUACUCAACAACCAGGAAGGCUGGAAGAAGGAAAGCCAGCAGGAGAAUGGAGAUGAAGUGCUAAGUAAGGUGGUGCCAGGUGUGGGCAAGGUGUUCCGACUGGAGGUGCUGCUAGACCAGCCCAUGGACAGACUCUAUGAAGAACUGGUGGACCGCAUGGAGGCCAUGGGAGAGUGGAACCCAAAUGUCAAGGAAAUCAAGGUCCUGAAGAAGAUUGGAAAAGACACAGUCAUCACCCAUGAGCUGGCUGCAGCAGCAGCAGGCAACCUGGUGGGGCCCCGAGACUUCGUGAGCGUGCGCUGUACCAAGCGUAGAGGUUCCACCUGUGUGCUGGCAGGCAUGGCCACACACUUUGGGGAGAUGCCCGAGCAAAGCGGUGUCAUCAGAGCUGAACACGGCCCCACCUGCAUGGUGCUUCAUCCACUGGCUGGAAGUCCCUCAAAGACCAAACUCACGUGGCUGCUCAGUAUUGACCUCAAGGGGUGGCUGCCAAAGACCAUCAUCAACCAGGUCUUAUCGCAGACCCAGAUAGAGUUCGCCAGCCACUUGCGCAAGCGCCUGGAGUCCAGCCCUGCCUCUGAGGCCCAGUGUUAAGGACUGCCCACCACAUCGACCUGCACGCCAUUGGAAGUUCUCACAGGAAGUCUGCAAGUCUGUUCACCUUCAGCCAAGGACAACGGGAGGGGUAGUAGUCAUUAGACACUAGGACUGACUGGUAAAAACUUACUACAGGAAAAUAGAACUGCGGCUUAGAAUAAAAGUUCUCUAGUGUCUCCCACUAGCUGUGAAGUGAAGGCUAAGGGAUAGGUAUCUAUGAAACCUUUUUUCUAGGCCUGUACAUGCUGACCUAAAAAACACCUUACUAAAACUGUCAGCAGCUGAUGUGGCGAGGGUGUGCUAAGGAUCGGGAACUGUUGUCUUAUGAGCUCCAAAUGCCACUACCUGAAGGCAGUGUGUGCACAAAGCGAGGUCUGACCUAGGAAACUCUGUGACCCUCUGCUCUGUAAAAGGCCACAACUUGAAACUACCCCUCCAGAGUAUUCCAACUUUUCUCUAAGGAGAAAUGAAAUGAUCACUGUGCUGCCUCCCUACUUUAUCCCAUGAUAAUAAAGCACCUCACAUGCACAUUUCAGCCUGUAUACAUCAAGCCCCAGUCUAAGGAAUCAGUGAUGGCAAUCGCACCUUCACUAGACUUCUGGGUUUAAACCUCCUAGUCCAUUGAAGGGAACAAACUUCUGGACAUUUAUGUCACUUGACGUUAAUAGACUUUUUCCUAAAAAUGUAAUUUCAUAACAAACACAACUCUAAAUUGGUUCUUACAGAACUCCAGCUAAAAGCCAAUGUGGUGGCACAGGCCUUUAAUCCCAGCACUCAUGUGGCAGAGGCAGGGGGAUCUUUCUAAUCUGAGGCCAACCUGGUCUACAUAGAGGGAUAGCCAGAGCUGCAUAAUGAAAAUAUAAAAAUAUCUUAAAAAUAUAAAACCAGAGAUUGAAAAGAUGGCUAAAAAGCAUUGGGAGCUCUUCUAAGGAAUCCAGGUUCGAUUCCCAGCAUCCACUUGGCAGCUCAUAACUAUAAUUCGAGUCCCAGGGAAUCUGAUGCCCUAUUGUGGCCUUAGUGGACACCAGGCUCCCACAUGGUACACAGACAUGCAAAUAUGUAGGCUGAACACCCAUAAACAUUAAAAACGAAACCCUAGUCAGGCACGGCAGCUCAACGGCUUUAAUGUCAACACUCUAAAUGAUGACACAGGUGAACUGCCCUCAAUUCCAGGCCAGCUUGGACCACAGUGAGACAUCUCACAACAGAUAAAGCAAAACUCUCCAGAGUUGGUAGUUAAAAGAGUAAUAGCUUUUUGGCAGGAAGACUAUGACAGGAUUUUCACUGACCUAAUUAAAAGGAUUAUACAGAAUAAUGAAUACUGACCAAUAAUGCUACGAUAAGUGACCAUGCCUACUGUUUAUGAGGUCAGUUGGUAACAGACUAGAUGUCAGCUCGGCUCAGAGUAGCAGCUCCCUUGUUUGAAAAGGUCAAGUGUUACCAUGUAGGCAGACAGGAGCUAGGAGUCAGGAAAGCGACAGCAUUCCCGUUUCAGGAUUUGGAGAAGAUGUACUUUAAAGAUAUUCACUGGGAGGACAUGACUUUAAUCCCAGCAGAGGCAGGGGGAUUUCUGAAUUUGAAGUCAGCCUGGUCUACAGAGUGAGUUCCAAGAAAGUCAGGGCUGUUACACAGAGAAACCCUGUCUCAAAGAAAGAAAGAAAAAAAAUCACAAAAAUGUAAGUUGUGACCAGCAAAAUGACUCGGUAUGUAAUAAUGCUUGCCACAAAGAGGGAAGACUCCAGGAAGCCACAGAGAGGGAGACAGAAGGAGGGAACUGGAAAAACUGACUCCAGAGUGCUCCUGAUGGCUGUGUUUGUACUCACAUCUGUACUAAGUAUCUUACACACAUAAACACUGGAAUCCCUUUGCUGAAUAAGGGUGAAACAAUAAUAACAACCUAAAGAUCUUCCUUCUAGACAUCUUUAAAAAAAAUAAUGUAAUGUCUGUGUGAGUGUGUGUGUGUGUGUGCCACCGCAUACACGUGAAGGUCAGAGGGCAACUUCAGGAGUGUGCCCCUGCCCCGUCCUGGGUCCUGGGUUGUCAGGAUAGACAUCAAGUACUUUUAUCUGCACUGCCAUCUUGCUGGCCCACUUUUCUGUCCCUCCGAGUGAACGGUCUUAGUCGUGUGGGUCCCCAUCAUCUGCAAGGACUGAGCUUAUUUAUGAACAGAACAACGUGGAACGCGUGUUUAUUUAUUGAAGUCUGAAGACUUAACAGCUGGUAUUUAUUGUAAUUCAUUCUGACUUUCUCUGUCUACUCUGACAGAGAGGAGUGUUGCUCCUCGAUGGUUUCAGAAGCUGACAGUGAAGGACAGGGCCUGCAGCAAGCACUGUGUGGCUGUAAUGGGAACACCCUGGCUCCCUACACACUGUAACUGUCUCUCUACCGUCUGAGCUGUUAUCCCCAUUCGUUUAAUUUUACAUCUGAAUAAAGGCAGCUGUCAUUGGCAGUCUGAUUAUAGGUACCUAUA